AUGGGUGCGGCGUUGGCGCAGCGUGGUGGCGUGCAUCCUCUGGCUCGCGAGGAAAAGUUCCGAGGACGGGUUACCACCAUUGAUGACGACCUCAAGAUGGAUAGCAACGCAACAGGAGAACAGCUGGGGUCGGCGUUGGCGAUGUCGCGGUUUGGAGGCGUUUUGGCGGUGUCGGCGCCGCUGUACGAGGCAGCUGGCACGUGUCCGUCGAGCCCAUCGGAUUGCUUCCGUGGCCGGGUGCUGAUUUACGAGCGUGAGGGCGAUGACUAUGCACGAAAGGUUGUGCUGGAGCCCCCAGAGGACAUUGCGCCGUAUGGCGAUGCCUAUCAGUUUGGCCGCAGCUUGGCCAUGCAUCCAUCGGGCAAGUGGCUGGUGGUGGGCACGAACCUGGCGGGGAUGGCCGCGUUUCCCCGAGGCGCACUGUUUGUGUACAAGGCGAUGCGCACACCAGAGACCCUAGCUGGAUUCAAGCUGGAAUCAGUGCUGCAGCCGCCUAUACUGAGCGAUGCGAUGUGCGGCGAGUUCGCCAGGUAUCUCAUUGGCGGGGCCAACACCGUGAUCAUCUCUCCUGACGCGCGGCUGGUGGCGUCAUCAGCACCGCGGCUGUGCUCGAACUUGCUCGGGCAGGAGGUCGGCGCUGUGUUUGUGUUUUGGCGGACGUCGACGUCGGGCAGUUUUUCAUCCGACAACGUCCACGUCCUCUACCCCAGCAACGCGACGAUCGAUGCCGGCGCUAUCCACGGCAGCUCGAGCAACACCGUGGAGGGGGUGCAGUUUGGCACGGCACUGGCCUUCAAUUCAGGCUUUGCGUACGACUACUACUUUGCGGACCGGAGCUCGAAGCCGACCAAGCCACAGGCGCUGCCGUCGAGCGAUGCCGGUGAGCUUGACGUGCUGCAGAACGUGGUGCUGGACAAUGCCGGCCAGGGACUCGCGCCAAACCUAUUUCUGGCGAUCGGCGCGCCACGCGGCGAUGGCGGUGUGACCUGUCCAGGCAACGUGCAGACAAACGAAGGCAAGGUGUAUGUGUUUGCGCUCGACUCGACGGUGUCGGUCUCGUCGCCGGCGCACUUUGUGUCGACAGCCGUUCUGGUCUCGCCGCUCGGCGGCAAGCCUGACUGUACCGUGUCAGCGGCGUCGUCUGGCGAGUACUGCGGAAGCGCGCUCGCGGCAUCAGACGAUACGAUCUUUGCUGGCUGCCCGCGCGACGUUGACUUUAGCAAUGUCGGCUCUGUGGUUGAGUACCGUCUCGAGGGGGCCAACCCGUACGAUGCGGCCGAGGCUGUGGCUGUGUUGAGCGGCGGGCAGUCGUUCCGCAACUGGACGGCGGUGACGCAUUUCCGCGAGCCGCUGGUGGCGAACCCGGUGGUGCCACAGCGGGUCAUCGACUCGAGAUUUGGCGCCAGCCUGGUCUACGCCGAGGCGAUGGAUGUGCUUGGGAUAGGGCUACCGACGUACCCUUCGGGUGGCGAUCGUGGCGAGCUUGUCCUGCUCCGGCGCAACGCAAGCGCUGAGAGCCAGUGGCUCUGGUUUGCGGCCAUCGAGGAGCCGCUGUCCAACGAUCGGACGCUGUUGGGCGCGGCGAUUGUGGCUGGUGGGAACAUGUUGGCGGUGGGCGCUAGAGGCGUGGACCGGUUCAACGGCGGGUACGCGCUCCUGCACGUGGACGAGAACCGUGGCGGGCAAGACGGCGACGAGCCAUUUUGCCGCCCAGCAUGCUCCAACGGCGCAUGCAUCAACUUGGACCUUGACAGCAUGCGGGUGACGGUGCUUGCGGCGGGGACAGAGGCGCUUGAAGUGGCGAUCCCGCUGCCUCCAGGCAGCGGAAGCAUUGCCGGCGGGGUGGUGCUGUUUGUCAAUGGCCGACCCGGCGGCGUUGUAGCGUUCAAUACGACGGUGGAUCUGCCGGCGAUCCAUGUGGGCGGCGCGGGCGUUCCGCGGGAAGUGUUUUCCGAGGCCCUGACGGCGAUCCCGACGGCCGCAGAAACGGUGUUUACUGCGUGUGCACCGGGGACGGUCGAGGCGAGCGGUUCGUCGUUUUUGUCGCGCCAGUGCUCGCCGUGCCUGGAGGGGACGUACACAGAGACGGGCGCGACAAGCUGCAGCGUGUGUCCGGCGGGGACGACCUCGGCAGAGGGCUCUGCGAUCCGGGCCGCAUGCGUGUGCACUGCGGGGCGGUAUACGCCAAGGCCAGGGGUGAGUGGGCUGGCUUGCGGGGCGUGUCCGCGCGGCGCGCGUUGUGCGGGACGGCUUGCGGCGCCCGAGCCGCUGGACGGCUGGUGGGCGCUCGAGUACGACCUUUUUACGCCAUGCACGCCAUCGGCGGCGUGUGUUGGCGCACUCGAGGGCUCUAACGGCAGUUACGUCGGCCCAGGUGCGCGAUGCGGGCGUGGGUACGGCGGACAUCUCUGCCGCGAGUGCCAGGCCGGGUACUACUUUGACGCGCGAGCGUGCGAGCGGUGUCCGCCGGCAAGCUCUGCGCUUGUCAGCCUGUACUUUGUGCUCGCAGUCUUGAUGGGGCUUGCUGUUCUCGCCACGGCGAUCUACGGGUCACAGGCGGCGAUGUUUGAGUCUCGGGCGACGGGCGAUGCUCAGUCGUCGCGGCUGGGCAACUUUGCGUUUGUGCAUGUCUCGCUGGCGAUUGCGACACUCCAGAUCAUGACAGUUCUGCUGGGCAUGGAUUUCUCGUGGCCGGUGGGAACGUCGUCGGUCGGUUCUGUCCUCUCGUCGAUGCUGAUGUUCUCGUCCCGGACGUUUGCGACCGGGUGCAGCGUGACGGAUUUUGGGGCGCGCUACGUGCUCGCGAUCUGCUUUCCGCUCGUUGUGGUGCUGGUCUUUUGCAGCGUCUUUGUACUGCUCCGACUCGUGCGGCCGACCAAGCAGUACUCGCUGCUGCUGUUGGUCCGUGCAGCAGUGAUUAUGAUACCGCCACUGUACAUUCCGGCGUCCAAGGCUGCAUUGGAGCUCUUUGACUGCUCGGCGCUGCCAAACGGCAGGUUCUACUUGGAUGCGGCACCCGAAGUUGAGUGCUACGUGGGGGGAUGGUGGGUGCUGUUUCCGCUCGGGCUGGUGACGUCUGUGGCGUAUGUGUGCGCUCCGCUGGGGAUGGGCUUUGCACUCUACCAGGCGCGGCACGAUCUCGACUCGCCCCGCAACGUGGCGCUCUACGGCUCGCUCUUUGCGCGGUACCGGGCCGGGACGUACUUUUGGGAGAUGGGCUUGAUGGCGAAGCGGUUCGGGGUGGUUGUCUUUGACCUGUUUAUGACGCAACACGCGUACUUUCAGCUCGCGCUUGUGUUUGCGCUCCUCCUCACCUCGCUGUGCAUGCAUUUGCAUGCGUCGCCGUACCGUUCGCGGACACAUAACGUGUUCUCGAACGUGUUUGAGGCGCUGCUGGUGGCGAUGGCGAAGGAGCCGUCGAGCGAGGCACGGGCGGUGGCAACGGGCAGCGCGUGGGCGGUCAUCGGCAGCGUCCUCGCCAUUUGUGUCCUCGCCAUCUUCUGGGAGCUGUGGCAGCUGUCGGUGGCGUGGCGGGCAGGCAAGCUCGACCACCGGGUGGCAUUUUACGACGACAUGGACCAUCUGGUGGUCGACGGCGGCGAGCCGGACGUCCACCGCGACGGCGACGGGAUUGCGCUGGAGGCCGGCGAGUGGUGAGGUCAGGCUACUCGGACUUGGUCGCCGCAGCGGCGUCAUCACUCGAGAGCGGCGGCAUGGCAGACGGAUCGUACCUGCGCGCGAUGGAGGUUGUGGUGAGGAAGAAGAGGCCGAGCAGGCCGUUGACCACCGCCCACAGCAUGUACGGGCGGAUGGGGAAGCCGGCAUCAACAAGAGCAGUCGAGCCAAAGAUGGACCAGCCGAAAA